AUGUAUACUUCUCAACCACCAGUAACUGCUGCAGCACCUAGAACGGCUACUCCACCUCAGCUUUUCGUCGGAUCUCAAAGAGUUCUGGCUGCUGCAUGGUACUUCACGCUGUAUACGUUUUCUAUCACUCUACACCUAGCUUUUAUUGUGGGUGCAAGAAAACUGCGUGGCUGGAAGGCCAAUUUCUCGUUCACUCUUCUGCUUUAUCUGUCAACAAUGGCACUACUUUAUUUGACAACUCACAUGAUCGGGAGCAUAACAGCUCUACUCUACAUGGAUUGGUUCAAAUAUCAAAUUCUGUGGAUUCUUCUCGGCUCCUUUGCGUAUGCAGCGAUCUUUACAGUGAUUCUGACCGACGUAGUUAUAGCUCUACAUCGGCUCAUCUACACGGUCUGGCCUCUCAUAGGUAGCAAUCGUAUCAGUGUGCUAGCUACAAAGGUUUCUAUAAUGAUGGUAGAGGAAGUGGGCUUUUUUGUCUACUGGGAGUUCUUCCCUGUACAUGCCCAAUUUGGCGCGGAUGUUGAUAUAGUGAUAGCCGAAAGUGCUUUGAUGUUGUUUCUUGAUGUGCUUGUUCUACCGUACCUGGUUCUUAACAGGAACAUUCAUUCUGAGCUAAAACGUGUGCUCGGUCUUCAAAAGAAGAACACUUCGGCCCUUCUCUGGCUGAGAACACGAGUAGAUGUCGUGACAAGAGCAGCAUGA